UAAAUAAAUUGAAACCCUUUCUUCACCGCUAAAACUGUUGCCAUUUCAAUUCAAGUCUUCCUUGGGAAGUUUGCUAUAUUGUUACUGAAACCCCCAAAUUCGUUUUGAUUUCUUCACAAAUGCUUGAAACCAAUCACUCAUCGCGAAUCUUUCGCGGUGUUCAUUUUGCUCUCUUUGGUUUCGAUCCUCACACUGAAUCUCAGAUACGAUUCAAGCUUGUUAAUGGCGGUGGAAUUGAUGUGGGGAAAAACAGUGGGAGUUGCACGCAUGUCAUUGUUGAUAAGAUUGCUUAUGAUAAUUCUGUGUGUAUUGCUGCUAGAAAUGAUGGAAAGACGUUAGUCACUGCAUUGUGGGUUGAACACAGUGCUGAUAUUGGACUGCCUGUUGAUGCUAACUCGGUUAUGUACAGACCGCUGAAAGAUUUGGAUGGCAUUCCAGGUGCAAAAGAUUUGAUUGUCUGCUUGACUGGCUAUCUACGCCAGGAUCGGGAAGACAUUAUGACAAUGGUUAGCCUGAUGGGUGCACAGUUUUCUAAACCAUUGGUGGCAAACAAGGUUACUCAUCUUAUAUGCUACAAAUUUGAAGGGGAGAAAUACGAGCUUGCCAAGAAAUUGGCCACAAUAAAGCUAGUUAAUCAUCGUUGGCUGGAAGAUUGCUUGAAGAAUUGGGUGCUUCUUCCUGAAGACAAAUAUAACAAGAGUGGUUUUGAACUGGAGAUGAUGGCGGAAGAGGCUAAGGAUUCUGAGGAUGAGGCUGAAGAUUCUAAGCUGGGGCAAUCAGGGGGAAGGAAUAGAAGCAGAAGUCCCCUUGGUUCAAAAUUUGGUACAGCUGUAACUCAUGGAUUGUCAAAAUCUUUAAGAGAGGAAGCAUCAAAUGCCAUCCCAGAUUCUACUGGUCCUCAGGUUUUUCCAAAUGCCGAUAACGGUAAAGACUCUUCAACUACUACAGGAAAUAAGAACAAUUCUGAUCAAGACGUAAACUUGCAUAAUAUUGGUAACCUAAAUGUAAGCUGUCAGGUUCCUGAUGUUUCUUGGCAUUCUACGUUAUGUCAGCUACCUGAAUCAUAUGCUAAGACCAUUGAGUCUAAGAAUGCUGAUUUUCCAAAUUUGUCUGGUUUCCAGGAUCUUGGCAUUACCGUAAAUACAAAUUCAUCUGGUCAGCGACCUAAUCUGCGUGAUGACACUUCGGAGACGAAGAAGUUAAGUUACACAGGAUCAACUUCUGCAAGUGCUGAUGUACUUGCACAUUCAGAUGGAAAGCUCGGUGCUCCAAGUUAUUCUAGGAAGAACCAAAAAGGGUUUAAAUUUUCAAGGGGAUUAGACGAAUGUGAUGGCAACAACCUUGAAACCCCUUCCACCAAGGUAGAAAAGACAAGUGAGGGAAUCAAAUCUGCCUGUGUUGAAGGUUCUGGGAAAGAAACUGGUGUUAUUCAAGAGGAUUAUGGAAAUAAUUUAUUGCCUCAAAAGAGGACGAAUGAAGCCGCUUCAACCAAAUCAAAAUCAAGAAAGAUCACUGCUAAUGCAAAGUUGUCUAUUGAAAGAACACAACCGGCAAAUGGUAAAUCUCAAGGAUUAAAAGUGUCAUCUGUGGUUGAUGAGCCACCUGUGUCUGAUGGCUUUCUUUCUGCUGACAAAGAUGGUAAAAAUAACUUAGAUACUUGCUUGAUUUCUAAAUCUGCAGCUUCUGCCACCAACUCAGUGGCAUUUGAUAAGCCUGUCUCAAGAAAUGCAGAGUCUUCUCAGUGUAAUAAUGCUCGUCAGAAUUCCGCAAAAAAGGCUGUUCAGAGCUUAAGUAAGUCUAAAAUUAGUGGCGAGACUGAUAUAACAGGUUUUGAAAUGGGGCAAAGUGAUAACGAAGCAGAGAAAUUUAAUAUCAAUACAAAUCUCGAGUGUCCAUCACCAGGAAAGAAGUCAAAAGAUGAAGGAUUUGCUGGUCUUGAUAAUUGGGAUUUAAUCAAUGAAGAAAGCAAUAAGCUGAUUAAAAAGUCACCCCGCAAGAAGUCAGCUGCCAAGAGAACUUUGGGUUCUAGGCCCAGAAAAGGUGUUACUGCUAAAUUGAAAAGUCCAGUUUCCUUGAAUAAAACUAUGCAGCAAGAUGAAGGCGUAAGUUCCUCCAGUAGAAGCAAAGAAAUAGCAACUUCUUGCACUAAGAAGCAUCAGGCAUCACCCGAAAUCCUUGAUGUUAAUAAAUUGAUGGAGCAAGAAAAGGUUUGUGAGUAUGCUGAAGACGUUGGUGGCAAAACUGAUUUUUUGGAUGACGAAACAGAGGCUCCAGAUGACAAGUGUGAAUAUGAGUUGGGAGUGGCUCCUGACGAAGAAUUGGUUCAUCUUUCAAAGAAAUUAGACACCUCAGCAGAAGAGAAGUUAGAUGCAGUUGACCAUGAUAAAAAAUGUGAAGCAAUGCCUCCUAAAAAGGUUAGUAAUAAAACUGAAAAACAGAAGCUACCUUCACUGUUAGACUCAACCUCAAAGUUAAAAGUAAAGCAUCAAGCUACAAAACGUCCUGCAAGUAAAACCAAGAAGACCACAGUUGCAAAGAAAUUAGCGAAAUCUGAAGAGGCAGCAGUAUCUGGGGAGAAGAUUCCUAAUGAGACAAAGGAUGAGGCAGAAAUAAAAAUCCUGAAAGAAGUGUCUGUACAUUCUGAUAUAAGUGAGAAUUCAAAUGUACCAAGAAAUAAGCCAGAUAGUUUUGUUGAAGAGGAGAAGGAGAAUAGACCAAAUGAUAGAGAACAUGGUUUAGUGGAUAGAACAAGUGUUGGAAAUCAAACUAUUAAAUCUAGUGUUAAGCCAGCAAAUAUCAUCAAAUCUAAGAAAAUGAAGCACAAUUCAUCUAUAUCUGAUUUUAAAGCAAGAGCAAAAACUGAAGCCACAUGUUUUAUAUUAAGUGGGCAUCGCUUCCAGAGAAAGGAGUAUCAACAAGUAAUCAAGAGUUUGAAAGGAAGGGUUUGCCGUGAUUCUCAUCAGUGGUCAUAUCAGGCAACACACUUCAUAGCCCCAGACCCUAUAAGGAGGACAGAGAAAUUUUUUGCUGCUAGUGCAUCAGGAAGGUGGAUUCUUAAAACUGAUUUCUUAACUGCCAGUAGUCAGGCAGGAAAAUUAUUGCCCGAGGAGCCUUAUGAGUGGCACAAAAAUGGUCUCACCGAGGAUGGUGCCAUCAAUAUGGAGGCUCCAAGAAAGUGGCGGCUGUUGAAAGAAAGAACAGGUCAUGGUGCCUUCUAUGGGAUGCGUAUUGUUGUAUAUGGCGAUUGUUUUGCUCCACCUUUGGAUACUCUGAAGCGUGCAGUCAAAGCUGGAGAUGGAACAAUAUUAGCAACGUCCCCUCCUUAUACCCGCUUCCUUGAUAGUGGAGUUGACUAUGCCUUAGUUAGCCCUGGCAUGCCGCACGUUGAUUUGUGGGUUCAAGAGUUCUUAAAACAUGAGAUACCAUGUGUUGUACCGGACUACUUGGUGGAGUAUGUAUGCAAGCCUGGGUUAUCCCUUGAGAGACAUGUGUUGUAUGGCACUCAUGCUUGGGCAGAUAGGUCAUUUGCAAAACUUCAGAGUAAGGCAGAAGAGAUUAUUGAGGAGGUCAUUCCUACUAAGGAUUACAAUGAUGAUGAUGAUGAUGAUGAUGUAGCUUGCCAAGUAUGUGGAUCCCAGGAAAGAGGAGAUGUCAUGCUGAUUUGUGGUGAUGAAAGUGGAUCUGUUGGCUGUGGAGUGGGUACACAUAUUGAUUGCUGCAAUCCUCCGCUCACAGUUGUUCCCGAGGAAGAUUGGUUUUGUCCAAAAUGCAGUGGCACCCAAAAAUGCUCACAAAAUCCCAGUAAAAGGAAAAAGGGUGCAUUGUCUUCAUAAAAAAAGUGAGUCUCUUGAGUCUGUCACCAUGUAUCUGAUUCUUAUCAUUCAUUAUCCCCUGGUUAUUGUGUGUUUCACUCUUGCUGUUCUUACAUAGCUGUUAUAAUAAUUAUGUAAAAUUCCUUUUA